GUUUUUGGGCUGAAGAGACCUCGUAUUGAUUCCAACCAAAUCUAUAAAUACUCAGAGUUUCCUUAUUUUUUUAAAGGGAUAUUUUUCUUUAUUUUAGUCCUUUUCCUUGAGUUUAAAGUUUCUUUUGUUCCAGAUAAUGCAUUAUAUAAGAAUUAAAUGGGUUGUUAUUUCAAAAAGAACAAAAACAGCUCAGUGGGAACAAUGGUUGUUGUGUGUUUGCUAGCUAGGUGGGAUUAGUGCUCAGAGCAGCCUAAUGGGUGUUAAAGGUGCACACAGGGGAGCUUCGGUAAUCAGAUUAAUAACAGCCUCAUUUAAUCAUGUUCUGUACUAGUUACGGCAUUUCAGUUCUUUCUGUCGAAGCUCUUGAAGCUCCUCACUAGAUGUGCACCUUUUCUGAUUGAUUCUUGUCUUUUCACUCUACUUACUUUAUUUUAGUACUUAAAUCAGUUUGUUCGAUCAGCAGUUGUCCUCCGUUGGUGACAUGGAUUAAGUUUGUUCACGAGGCUACUUUUUUGGUUCGUUUUCAGUCUUUUUGUUUCUUAAAAAAUCUGCAGUCAUGCUGCGAAGAAAAAGUGAUUUUUUUGUUUUCCGGGACACUUCUCUUUCUGUGAAAACUGAUAAGGAAGAGCAUAAAGAAGAGGAACCGGCGCCAAGCCCGUUUGAAGAGUAUGUGUAUGGACUGCUGCAGAUUAAGACGACCAGCGCUGAUCAAUUUGACAACUUGGAGAAGCAUACGCAGUGGGGAAUCGAAUAUGUGGAGAAGUACACCAAAUUCGUCAAGGAGCGAUCAGAUAUUGAAAUCAGCUAUGCAAAACAAAUUAGGAAUCUAUCAAAGAAAUAUCAGCCCAAGAAGAACUCAAAAGAAGAGGAGGAGAGCAAGUACUCGUUCUGUCGAGCCUUUCUAACAUCACUAAACGAGCUAAACGACUACGCGGGUCAACACGAGGUCAUAGCGGAGAACCUCAGUUCUCAGAUCAUCACUGAUUUGACGCGCUACCUGCAGGAGCUCAAGGCUGAGAGAAAAUCACACUUCCACGAUGGACGGAAAGCACAGCAGCAGCUUGAAAGCUCGUGGAAACAGUUGGAAUCAUGUAAAAAGAAGUUUGAGAGAGACUGCAAAGAAGCAGACAGAGCGCAGCAGUACUUUGAGAAGAUGGAUGCUGACAUUAACGUGACAAAAGCUGAUGUGGAGAAGGCACGGCAGCAAGCUCAGGUGCGGCACCAGAUGGCCGCCGACAGUAAGAACGAUUACCACUCCUACCUGCAGAAGUACAACCAGGAGCAACAUGAACAUUACUACACUGUUAUUCCCAACAUAUUUCAGAAACUUCAAGACAUGGAAGAGAAAAGAAUCGAGAGACUAGGAGUAUGUAUGAAGACAUUCGCUGAGGUGGACCGCCAAGUGCUGCCCAUCGUGGGGAAGUGUUUAGACGGCAUGACGAGCGCCGCUGAGGGCAUCGAGCCCAAGACCGACUCCAAUCAGGUGGUGGAGUCCUACAAGUCCGGGUUCGAGCCCCCAGGUGACGUGGAGUUCGAAGACUACGGUCAGGCCAUGAAGAGGACGGUGUCGGAGACCAGCCUGUCCAACUCCAGAGACGGCAAAGAGAAGCCUGCUGGCAAGAGCAAAAGCAAACUGUGGCCUUUCAUUAAGAACAAGAACAAGUCAACGACUUCAUGGCCUCCAAACCCAAAAUGCACUGCCUCCGGAGCCUGAGGCGAGGGCAACAAUCUCCGCGCUCGCUCCUUUAUCACAAAGAGCUCAUGAAGAGGACUCUGGGUCAACCCACAUAUGCUUUUGAAGCAAGGCAAUAUGUACUUUCUCUCAAGCUGAUCACACUCAAUUCCCACGUCCGGAGUCUCAUUGAGGGUUCCGGCCCUGAGGACUUCAGUCACCUGCCUCCAGAACAGAGGAGAAAGAAGCUGCAGGGCAAGGUGGACGAACUGAAAAAAGACAUUCAAAAAGAGAUGGACCAGAGAGACGCUCUGACGAAGAUGAAAGACGUGUACGUGAAGAACCCUCAGAUGGGAGAUCCGGCCAGCGUGGACCCCCGGCUAGCAGAGAUCGCCAUGAACAUCGAGAAGCUGCAGAGCGAGGAGCAGAAGUUUGAGAACUGGUUAGCAGAAGUGGAGGAGAGGAUGCCCUCCAAGAGCGACUCCCACCGCAAAAGUGUCAUCUACGAGACCCAAAACAGCACAACAGUGAGCAACAACUGUGCCCAGGACAGAGAGAGGCCCCUGAGCAGCCCGGACGGCAGCUACACGGAGGAGCAGAGCGCAGAGAUUCAGGUCAAAGCCGUCGCCAACCGCGCGCCGGAGUCUGACGACGAGUUUGAUGAGCUGGAGACCAUCGGCACCUGCAAAGCCUUGUACACCUUUGAAGGUCAGAAUGAGGGCACCAUCUCGGUGACAGAAGGCGAGCUGCUGUACGUCAUAGAGGAAGACAAAGGAGACGGAUGGACGCGAGUGCGGAGGAACGAGGAAGAGGAGGGUUACGUCCCCACGUCCUACAUCGAGGUCCUUUUGGAAAGCAACGCCAAAGGUGCUAUGACAUAUAUUUAACUAACAAACCAGUGCUGGUAUCAAUGCCUCUGUGCGUCAGUAUGUUUCCAUUCAUGUGCUGAGUGGGCGGGGCUAAGAUCAAGGACUGUUCCCAGUCAGAUUUGUCUAUUUGAGAGUCUUCCUGUUGCAGAUCUUUUGGUUAUGUUCACCUCCAGUUCACUGCAGCGCCACCUAGUGAGUGUUUCAAACUCUAAAGGCCAUCAAUCUCAAUCUGUACUUUUUUCACUUCGAUUAUACUGUACAUCAAUAUCAGAUUCAAGUUUAAAGUCAUGAUUUGAUCUGUCAAAGUUAAGUUCAUCACUAAUGUUCCUGUUUGAAAAGGACAGUGGAAUCAUGGGAUGUCCUUUACAUCUCCUGUAAAAUCUCCGUACAUUUGUCUGAAAUCCCUCACUGUUCUCCAGUUUGUGGAUUAUAUAGGGCAUGUGUCCAAAUAUUCAGUUCCAAAACACUGGAAAUUUCCCAAAAGUCUCUGCGAGUGUGCAUUGACCCUACCUGAUCUGUACCAGAAACCUGAUCGGUCCCACACAUGAGUGAAUCUAGCGUCACUUCGUCUUGAAGCUAUUGGAAUUAGAUGAGCUCAUGUAGCAUUUCUCGACAGUUUUUCCUCGUUUAUGAUUGUAAACAAUAUAUAAUUCCAUGUUUGCAUACAUUUGUGCUUUUCUCAACUGAAUUACAGCCCAGUAAAAGAGGAAGAAUGUCACCUAAAUGAAAAUAUCGUCAAUUGCAGGUUAAAAUCAGGUCUCUAGUACAAAUCGGGUUGUAACAUACAUUAAUGCUCACUAGAUUGGUAAAUAUAGGCCACAAUACAUUAAAAAGUGAUUUUUAUGAAUCAAAAGUAGUGCGCAUGUGUCCAAAUUUAGCUCAAAUCCAGGGUUCAUGAUAGAGCUGCACUAUAAAGUCUUUUAGGAGUAAGUGAAGGAAUUUAGACAAAUGUGUGAUUAUUUUCGUGGACGCUGCAUGCUGUCAAUGAGUUACGGCAACUUUAUUCCUCACAGAGGGAGGGGUUCAGGUUCACAAUGACAGAGUCGGCCUGUUCUGGUCCUUUUUCCAGGCCAGUGGUAAAGAGAGGAGAAAGACUUGGACCGGGCUCUAUGGUGAGACCUGGCUGGACUCUGUGGUGUCUGGCAUGAGUCUCUGAGCUGCUGAUGAUGAACUUCACUGCCACGAUGUGACUAAACCGACAGACUCCAAAUGUCUCUAACAGACGGCUUCAUGUUCUUUAGUUAUUGCUAUCAUGGCCUGCACUGUGUGCUGUGAAUGGGAUCAGCGUUUGUUCUGUUGGGUCUUAAGAAUGUGACGCACGCUGCAGCAUGUCUGUCUGAAUUUAGCAUGUUAGCGACUAGUUGGGGACAAAACUGAGGGGAAAUGGACAGUUUCUGGUUUCUUUCAUGGUGGAGUGAUCGGUUCUGAUGGAUAUAUAUGCAUGACGAUCGUGCGUUAUAUUUUCAUGACGUCCCUUAAGGUGGCUGUACAAGCAUUAAGAGAACUGCAAGACACACCUGCGCUCCUCUCUUAUGAACACAGACGCGAUUUGUUCAGUAGAGCGGUGGAGUUUCAAUGUUAACCCAAUGUACUGACGCGAUCUGAAGUCCUGCGGCGCUAUUUAAGUAGAAGAUGUGGUGAGGUUGACGCGGUACGUCAAUAAAUCAAGGACACAACUUUGGACAUGUGACGUUUUCAGUGACUCAAUCAAAAGGUUGAAACAGAAAUCCAAAAUGGCCGCUCAAUUGCAAGGAUUUUCAGAGGGACUCAGCUGAGCCUCCAUCUGCCUUUGGGUUGCCAGAUACUAGGGCUGGGAAUCUCAGGGUAACUCACGAUACAAUGCGAUUCGCGAUACCGAUAAUAUCUCGAUAUGGAAAAUAUUGCAAUAAUAAAAAAUAAAUAAUAAUAAAUAAAAAUAAUGUAUCGGUCCUGUAAAAAUUGGUAAAAAUUGGUGACAGUUUCCCUACGUCAUCCUUACAUUUCACUGUCAUGUUGACGUGAAACGCCCUCUAGUGGACUUUUUAGGUGUUUUUUUAAGAAACUGGCAAUCCUUCAUGUCUUUAAGUAUCAGACACGAACGCCAUACCAAUAUUUUGUACCACCUCAACCGGACACUGUCCGGGUUACAGAUGGGCGAAGGUGGGAUACACCCUGGUCAGGACGCGAGCCUGUCCAGAACCCAUGGAGCUGGAACGAUCCCACUACGCUAGCCAGCCGCCUGGUGAAUAGCGUAGUGAGCAAACUCGCUAUCUUGGCCCGCGGGGGAUGGCGGCCUGGUAGAUGAAGAGCUGCUGUAGGUGCCGUCAUUGCGAGCGAGAUCACUCCAGCUCCAUGGGCUUAUGAUGUUUUUCUUAAUUUCAUUGCGACAUUAACAAAAAGAUCGUCCAGCUUUAUUUUUCCUCUCUUGGCUUAAUGCUCAAACUGAGCCACAGACAGAUGGAAGUUACGUUUAAAAGGUGCAUCUCUGAAUGAUCUGGUGAACCCCGACACGGCACCUCUGUAGAGCUCUCCAAAACAUAUAAACCCAAGAUACUCGCACAACAUCAUCCAUGUUUUCUAUGAUGUGACCAUAAAUGAAGUCCAGAAAAACUUUGGUGGAUCGACUCCCCCAAUAAGACUAAUACAUUCCAAGUAAAUAUUGUUGCUAUUUGUAUAUUUUCUCCAGAGUUUUGUUUUACCAACUAGUCAUGAGCUACCCAGACAGAUAUGAUCCUCACAGGAACUUUAUUUUGAAAGGUUCACCGGGAUGUUUUUCACUUUUUCACGUUUUGUUUGUGUGUAUUUUUCUUUUGAAUUGCAGAUUCCUAAAAGUGCGAUGAUGCUGGCUGAGGAAAAGCAGGGCAAGCAGCGUCGGAGAACCCCUCCCCCCAACCCCCGCCCGCCCCGCGCCAAACAGAGUGCGACGGCCAAAUCAGAGCGCCGCUGAAUUUACCGUUAAGUUACAGACAAAAACGGGGAGGCGAUGCGGCUCGAAAAAUGACUCCAUUUGCUUUUUGCAGCAAAGCUUUGCCUCCUAACGGGACUAACGCUUUCUCCAUGCUCGCCAUGAUCCCCUCCCGCUACGCCGUCACCUGGCUUUUUCCUCCAGGUGCAGGAGGGGGUGUGGUCAGAAACGGGACGCGAAGCCAUGUGUGUUUGUGGCCCCUCCCCCUUAAAAUGCUUUUCCCCGUUGGCAGGUUUCAGGAGGAAGAUGUGUGUGUGUGUGUAGGUCAUCUGAAGGUCAAAGCAGCGGUCACUUCCUCAUCCAUCCCAACCUCACCUGUCCUCUCUCUGACCACACCCCCCAGUGACCCCGCCCCCUCCAGCUGCUUUGACGCCCCCUUUUCUGUUUUUUUGCAACAGCUCGGGGUGUUGUGGUGCUGCAUGCUUGCCCUGUCUUCCUCGGAAACCCGGCAGGUCAUCUUACGCCUAACACCCCCAUCCCCCGCUGCCGCCUCCACCCUUUCCGUUCUGUUAACCCCUCCCCCCUCAUCGCCUGUUCAAAUGAACUUGACUGUUUCUGUUCGGUGCCUGUGGAUUUUUUCAGUUUUUUUAAUUCUUUUUUAGCUCUCUCUGCUCAGCGAGCAUGUUUCCCCGAUUUAGCUUUGACUGCAGCGUGUGCCCCACACACCCCUCCCACAGCCACUAGAAAAAGGCCAACAGGACCCUGUUUCUGACCCCUCCUCAGAUAGGUCACACGUGUCUUUUGUAUUUCUUUUUACUGUAUCUUUGUGAUUUUUUUUUUUUUUUAACGUAAGGUUUAUCGUUUGAUCCGUCUACUGUUGAUGAGAACAGUUUCCUGUGAACGACUUUCGAAUCAGCCACCAAACUCCACGUCUUUUCAACGGCACAUAACGGAAAAAAACAUCAGGCUUUUUUUUCUUUUUCUUUUAUUAUUUUUAGCUGGAAAUUUGUCAUUGCUUGAUUUAUCGUGACGGGACGUCUCAUAGCGUCAAAAAUGACUUUUGUUUUUUGAAAAUUGUGGAGAACUCAUGCAGCUCCGAGAAUCGAAGGAUGUGAUGAUCGUUUUUUGAUGAAUUUCCUGCUGAAUCUUCAACCACUCCUUCACUUCCUGUCAUUUGUUCUAAGACGUCCAUCUUUUUCAAAGGAAAAUCUUUUUAGUCCCAGAGUCAGCGGUCUGUACAGAAGAAAUGUUGGAACCAGAGAGAAUAUAUAUGAGUAUAUAAAGUUUAAAAAGAAGAAGACAUUAUUUUAACUAUUGCGAGUCUUACCACAACUUUAUCUGCUUUGCGAAGUAAGACUUCUCUUCCUUUGAAAGGUCUACCAAAUGGUGUAUUUUGCACUUUUUUGUUUGUGUUCCAUUUGGUGGCUCGUGCUUUUGUUUUGAAGCACUGAAUUCUUUGUAUUGUGUUUACUGUGCCAAUAAAAUAUGCCUGAAAAAUUCA